CAGGAAGUCGGAAGGGGUGGUGGUGAGGACGUGUUCCCCGGACGCCGGAGGGUGAGGCCGGCGGGGCCGGCGACAUGGAGCCGCUCUACCAGCAAACGCACAAGCAGGUCCACGAGAUCCAGUCUCACAUGGGACGCCUGGAGACAGCCGACAAGCAGGCCCUGCACCUAGUAGAAAAUGAAAUCCAGGCCAGCAUAGACCAGGUGUUCAGCCGUCUCGAGCGCCUGGAGAUCCUGUCCAGCAAGGAGCCUCCGAACAAGAGACAGAACGCCAAACUUCGUGUCGACCAGUUGAAAUAUGAUGUCCAGCACCUGCAGACUGCUCUCCGAAACUUCCAGCAUCGGCGCUAUGCGAGGGAGCAGCAGGAGAGACAGCGAGAAGAACUGCUGUCUCGUACCUUCACCACUAACGACUCUGACACCACCAUACCGAUGGACGAAUCCCUGCAGUUUAACUCCUCCCUCCAGAAAAUCCACCAUGGCAUGGACGACCUCAUUGGAGGCGGGCACAGCAUUCUAGACGGCCUGAGGGCCCAGAGGCUGACCUUGAAGGGCACCCAGAAGAAGAUCCUCGACAUUGCCAACAUGCUGGGCUUGUCCAACACGGUGAUGCGACUGAUCGAGAAGCGGGCCUUCCAGGACAAGUACUUCAUGCUCGGCGGCAUGCUGCUCACUUGCGUGCUCAUGUUCCUAGUGGUGCAGUACCUCACCUGAGCCAGCUGGGCCCGACAGGACAGUGUUCCACUGCAGGAGAGUGUGAGUGUGUGUGGUGGGGGGAAGCCUGAGCCGCCCUUCAGCGUGUAUGCCUGCCUUAACUGUGAAGACACUCGGGAGUGACUGUGCCACUUCCGUCCUGCCCUGUGCCGGAGGGAGCCCAGUGUCGCCAGGAUGCUCAGUGCUGGAGGGGGUGGAAGAAGUCUGUUGUGGCACGCGCUCUCACUAGGGGAAAAGAGUGGCUCUGGGGGCUUUGUUCACACAGCUGACGGGCACCCUGGGAAGAUUUCCGCGGCGGGCCUUGCCCGUGGGCCUGUCCACACCUUGUCAUCCUCCAACCUUUCCAGCUACUGAGGCAUAGGCUGGCACCAAAGUGACAAGGGGAGGAAAGAAGCCACCUUUUCCUACCCCGUAAUAGCUCCUAGCCACCUCCCUCCCUCAAAGUGACACAUCCGUUUAACACUCGCGUCCCUCGCUGGACACAGCCACCGAAGGGAAGCUGCUGAUGAGUAAUAGACUUCCCACACUGCAGUGCUGGAUGUCUCCCUUCUCGGGUGAGGCCCACCUCAACCUGGCCUGAGGCCCAGGCACCAUCUCCUGACCAGUCAGCCCUUGAGGGUCAGAAACCACAGUGUGGCAGCUGUGCCCAGGCCCUGGGGGGCUCUGUGCCUUAGGAAGCAGCGGAGCACGAGUUGCCACCUGCAGCCUCAUCUUCCACCUGGGCGCACCUGCUUCUCUGGCUCUGUGUCCUGGGAACUACCAGGCAGGCUCCUGUUGUGCUCACAGUGAGGGCAGAAGCCCCCUGCCAUCACUCUGGUGUGUGUGUCCUAGACAUAUUUUCAGGGACCAGGACCUUGUUUCUUCUCAGACCAGCCCUGGGUUAAGGGUCUGCCAGUACCCGGUGGAUGGUGGAAUCUCACUAUGAAGUCAAUCUGUCUUGAAGUCUGGCUCAUGUGAUGAGCCACUGAAAGUGCCAGGAAGACCUGGCUGGCAUAUGUGUUCCUCUGUCACAGGCCCUUCUGGGCCCAGAACACUCUGAAUGCCCCAGAAGAACUGGAAGCCCAGACGCUGUUGGCCGCACCUGGCAUUGUCUGCCCACCAGCUGGGUCCCUGGGUUGUGUGCUGCCCCCCUUGAUCAUCUCCUGUGGUCGCCAGAGCGUGUUGAUCUCUUCAGGUCCAUCUGGGGCACAGCUCCCCUUCUGGGGAAUUUUCUUAAUUGUCCCAGAUUUGUGACAAGUGUUUCCUGGGCACCAAUUCCACACUUCUGGUCAAUUGGGAUCUCCAUUGCUUCCACCCUCUAGGCCCAGAUUGGGGCCCUAGGAGUCUAAGGAAGGACCCUGACCCCUCUGAGAAGGAAUAAAGACUCUGCCAGGCUGGGGACAGUAACUUGAGGGGCCAGCGGGAGGUGCAGCAUCAGCUUUAGGGAGGCACAGUCUGAGGCUGCCUCCGUCAGCAGCCCUGCUGUUCCAGGGGCCUCACCCAGGCUCUCGGCCAUCACCACUGACAGGUGCCUGAGGAUUCCAGGAAACAGUGACAGUAUGUGAGGAACACUUGAGCCAUUAGGACUUGAACUCUUGGAGGCAGAAACCCCACCUCCACUGGCAGCGGGGACACCUUCUUUGUGGGGUAUGCCCAUGUUCAGAGCAACUUCUGACUUUGGAAUAAAUUGUGGAGGUGGUUUGUGGUCUUUCCUGUAUGGCUAGGGAACAGCCUCGAAUAAGUCUAGAGACCCUGAGGUACUGAGACUGUUUCAUUGUGCACCCACCUUCCUUGGCAUCGACUUUCAGUGCCCUGUAAAGAGAGUGGUCAGUGCAGUCUUCCACAACUCUGUGAGCAGGGAGGAUCCUGGCCGGGGACGGAGCUCCCCCUAGUGAAGUUGAGGUGAACUGCAGCGUGGUGCUGGUGGGAGAAAAUGGGGGUGUUUCCUCCAUGGGUGGGGACCUUCACUUUGGGCCUUUCCUCCUGAAGCGUUUUACUCUGUUGAGUUUCAAUGGGUUUAAUUCGCAGACUUGGCUUUACACUCAAUUGUUUUUGCAGCACAUUAGCUAAAUAAAGUUGAGCUUUAUUUUACUUAGAAAUUUAAUUCUGUAAAGGAAUUUGAUGUUCACUGUAAGAACUAAUGACCCCUGUUGGUAUGUUUCUAGGCCAGAGAUUCUCAAAUGCUGUUCUAUGGCCAGGGCUGGCCACCUCAAAAGCAGCCAUGAAACGUAAAGUUAAUGUUCUUGGGGCCUGCCCCAAACCUGAAUUAAAACAUUUUUCUAAGUCUU